AUGCAAGUCACUUCACGCGAAUAUUCAGGAGAUUGUGAUACGGAGGCAGUGUAUGGUCAUCCGCUCAUGUCCGCUAGUUUGCCAUUGGACGUAUUUCCAAAGCGCUCGGUCCCUGCACGCGUAGCCCAUCAGCUUAUCAAGGACGAGCUAGCGUUGGAUGGCAAUCCCAAAAUGAACCUUGCAUCGUUUGUAACGACAUACAUGGAGCCUGAGGCUGAGGACCUUAUGGUUGAGGGUCUACGCAAGAACUACAUUGACUUGGAUCAAUAUCCACAGACAGCAGAGAUUCAUAAUCGCUGCGUGACAAUGUUAGCUAACCUUUACCACGCGCCGCUCGAGUCUGGUCAAAAAGCCACCGGCACGGGCUGCAUCGGUUCAUCUGAGGCAAUUAUGUUGGCUGGUUUGGCACUGAAACGCAAGUGGAAAGAUCGCCGUAUUGCCGCCGGUUUACCAUAUGAUAAGCCAAAUAUGGUAUUUGGCUCGAAUGUGCAAGUGUGCUGGCACAAAAUGUGCAAAUACUUUGAAGUUGAAAUUCGCGAGGCCGAUGUGUCACCUGACUGCCUUGUGCUUACAGCUGAUCGCGCUCGAGCUUUGCUUGAUGAAAACACCAUUGGUGUCGGUGCCAUUCUAGGCAGCACUUUUAACGGUGAGUACGAGGAUAUCAAGGCCAUCCACGACAUGCUAUUAGAAGUGAAUGAACAGAAUGGAUGGAGCAUUCCAUUGCACGUUGACGCAGCUAGUGGUGGCUUUAUUGCUCCAUUUCUCAAUCCGGAACUUGAGUGGGACUUUCGUUUGCCGAAUGUUAAAAGCAUUAAUGUCAGUGGGCACAAGUUUGGUCUAGUUUACGCUGGCAUGGGCUGGGCUUUGUGGCGUGAGCCCGAAGACCUUCCAGAGGACCUUGUGUUCCAUGUCAAUUACUUAGGUGGAGACCAAGCUUCUUUUACGCUGAAUUUUUCCAAGGGUGCCGGCAACGUGGUUGCUCAAUACUAUAAUAUGCUGCGAUUCGGCUUCGAUGGCUACCGUCGUAUCAUGGAAGCUAGCAUGGAAAAUGCACAUCUGUUGCGUGGAGCACUUGUGGCAACAGGUCACUUUCGUAUCGUAGACAAGCAGCACAUGCCUCUCGUGGCGUUUGCGUUGAUUGACUCAUCGCGCUACUCAUGUUUUGACAUUCAAGACAAACUGAAAAGUCGUGGAUGGAUUGUUCCAGCCUACACAUGCUCCAGUGGUGCUGAGUCGCUUGUGAUCAUGCGUGUGGUCGUAAAGCAAAAUUUCUCAUCACACAUGGUCAAUAUGUUGGUACAGGAUAUUCUCAAGGCCAUUGAGGCACUCGAAAAACACCAUAUCUUGGUGGACACGGCUUUGUCGUCGCCUAAAGCUGAGAAAAAGCAUUUUAAAGACAUUGUGUUUUCACUCCAGUCCAAUCUCAAACACCAGAAGUCGGGUCUUACGACACACGGUGUAUGCUAG